AUGGAGGCCGAUGCGAAUGCUAAAGCUUAUGAUGAAGUCAGUGGACCACAAAUCGAAGCAGGUAGUCAAUUUACCUGUGACUUAAACCUCUCCUUGGGAGACAAAGUGCUUGACAUGGGUUGCGGUACAGGCUAUCUCACUAAAUAUAUCGCUGAUAUUGUUGGCCCUGAUGGUCAGGCGGUCGGAUCGAUCCCGAUGCUGAGCGAAUCAAAAUUGCUGAAGGGAAAUAUAAAGAAGUCCGCAAUCUUCAGUUUUAUGUUGGUAGCAGUGUGACUGGAUUUCCAAACGAUACUGAGUCAUAUUAUGAUGUUCAUAUCAGCACGGCUGCAUUCCACUUGAUUAUAGCUCCCUAAAAAGGGAUCUUCCGCUACAAAGAAAUAAAUGCUAUAUACAUAUAGUUAAUGUAAUGGCUAAAAUAGUUUUUGCUAAAAAGGUCAUUUAGUAGUCUUCGUGUUGUCAAUUUUCUUAAUAUCACGAGGUAGAUCAUUAUACAAUUUUGCUAUACACUAUUGCUAUAUUGUAGCACACUGUGGGGCGUUCUAAUAUUUUUUUAAACGAACUAAUUACGUGCCUACUAAAAUUACAGAAACGUGCUGCGAGACUAAUUCUUGAGCAGGCAACCGAAAUGCCGCAAUUGUGGUUUUCCGUAAACUCAAUUGGAUACCUAUUUUUAAUCUAAUCAAAGUGAGAAAAAUAUUGAUGGUAUUUAAUACUUUAAAAACAUCUUGGCCGCCGGAUCAGUUCGUAAAUUGUUUGUCUUUGUUCGCGACUCUCAUCCAAUUCCAACCAGAUCGUCUAUCUGUUGGAAUUGGAUCAUCCAAUUCCAACCAGAAUCCAAGAUUUCCUACAGUGGUGUAAGUUUAUUCAAUUCUUUACCAUCCGAAUUAAAAGAUAUUGAAAUUCACUCAAUGAAGAAGCUCAAAACCUACUUUCUUCAAUUGAAUUAUGAAGUGGAUCACGUUAAUAAGUUCCGCUGUAUCGAAUGUAAAAAUAUUACUCAUUGUCAAUGUUACUCUCAAUAAGAUUUUUCAUAUUAGACAUCGAGGGCCAUUGGGAACUGAGAAUACUAUUAAGUGAUCAAUGUAAUCCCUCAUUAAAUAAAGUUUUGAUAAUGAUAAUGAUAAUGAUAAUGGUAAUAAGCUGUGACUUAAGCCCGUUUUAUGCAUCGAAUUUUGGUCGCGUCGAAUGCAAUUUAAACAAUAGAUAAUGAAGCUUAAUGAGGUUUAUUAUCUAUUGUCUUAAUUGCAUUCGACGCGACCAAAAUUCAACGUACAAAACAGGCCUAAGGGAAGAUUUCCAUGCACUUGCAGGAAAAAAGAAUUCGAAAUAUUUCGCUUGAUUUCUUUUGAAUUGUGCACUGUGCAGACCAUCCGAAUAAAUCAGUUCUACUUGACACAAUUCAAAUGAAAUUGUUGUUGUUGUUGUUGUUGCUGCUGCUGCUGCUGUUGUUGUUGUUGUUGUUGUUGUCGUUGUCGUUGUCGUUGUCGUUGUCGUUGUCGUUGUCGUUGUCGUUGUUGUUGUCUAUAAAUAUUCCAAUUUAUUUAGACCACAGUCGUUGGCUUGGGCAGUACGUAAGUUAUCUCCAGGGAAGAACGCUGCUCCCAGUCCUCCACCAGUGUUCGCUAAGAACGCUGUCAGAACUCUGGAGUUUGGAUCGGAAGGAAUGACAGAAAGCAAUAUCAUAUCUUGGGCCGACAGAGUUAAAGGGAAAAAAACAAUUUCUUGUGAAUCAUCCGUAAAAGCCCAGGUAAUAUACGCAUUUAAUAGCUAUAUACAGAUUGAGAGAGAUAGAACUACCUGAAAAAUGUAAGGAGAACUUCAACGUUUCGAGCGAUGAGUUGCUUGGGCCAAAAUAAAAAUAUGUGGGUUUCCUAUUUCUUGUAAAAACGUAGGUAGGGUAGGUCGAUUUUAACUCUUUUUUUUAACUUUUUUUUAAAUUUGCCAAACAACCGGACGCCAUUUUGUUUACUCAGUGCUUCCACAUUCAAAGAUAAAUUUCCCUAAUAUUGCCUAAAAUUUCUAGUUUUCACAAACGUUUUCCUCUAAGUGGAAACACUUACAAACAUGAUCCAAUAAAAAAGUUUAGAGUCUGGAUUUCGGCGUCCAAAAGCUAGGUAGGGUCGGGAAACCGGAAACCCACAUAUUUUUUUUGGCCUUGUUAAAAAACUUGUUUUACCUGUCCCGCUCACAACUGGAAAACCCUGAUAUGAAACUAAUGUUAUUCCGAACAAAGUUUCAGGAUUUUUUUUUAAAUAGAUUGUGUAUAGUGUAUUCAUGCAUUCAUAGUGUGUUCAUGUGUUUUUAUUAUAACAGACAGCCUCGGUUGAAGUGGAGACGGUGCAAAGUGUCGUGAAACAGAAUGGUUUUGUUGCGAUUCACGAACAGAACUUGAAAGUCGAGGAAGACGGAGAGGGUUGGGAGACUGUUUGCUAUAGCAAGAAAAACAGGACGCCCGAGAAAUGUAGCAGUGAAUGUAGUAGUGAAUCGCGUGAUAUUUCACAUGAUUACGGAGGGGAACCAAGAGUGAAAGGAUUUGUUACGGCAAGCGGCGAUCUACAGCCGAUAUUGAAACGAGUAAUCCCCGCGGAGAAAGAUCGUAGCUCGGUCAACGAGGAUAACGGGUCAGCGGCUGAUAAUGGUCCAGCAAUAGUUGAUAGUAAACCAGUUACAUCGGGCGAUGAUACUCUGGCAAAUGGGGUGGAGGCGUUAGCUGGGAAUGUAACCUGUGAUGCUGAUGAAAGCGUUUCUCCUAUUAUACGCCAGGAAUCCAUCGAAGAUAAGGAGUUGUCGGAGUUAAAUGAAAAUAGGUACGUGUACUUCAGGGUGGGAUUACUACCAGGGUUUUUUUCCAGGAUUUUCUCUUGGGUUCGUUUUUGCAGAGAAGAUUGAGUUUAGCUGAACAGCUGGGGAGGCACCACCGGUGGACUGACACUUGUACUCAAUAAAUGUAGUUGAGACGGAAUGUGUUAAAGCAGCGGCACUGAGGGACGAGCUGAGGGACACUAUAAACUAGUUAAAGAUUGCGAAUGCAUAGUUUUUCUUGUGUUGUGAGAUGAAUUCCAGCCAUUUUUUCUUAAUUGUCGGGCUUCCAACUGAAAACUAAUUUCCACACGUACGAAAUUUAACUCAAACAACUUCAUUUUUACUGCACUGAAACUUUGGUGAGAAGAUUGAGUUUCAAAACUCAAUUCAAGAUUGAGUUUUUGGGGCCGUUUAACGGCCCUAAAAAAUCCCUGAAAAAAACGGCUACGUACCGGAGUGACGCCAAUAUUACGGUCUGGUACUUCUUUGCUUCAUUCUAAAAACACAUUGGUUAAAAUUGUCCUGGUUGUAACCUAGAAAUAAACCUUAUUUGGGUUAACUUAAAGUGGAAGUCAAGUCCGUAAUGUAAACAAACGGUUUGUUUACAUUUUGAACUGCUGUAUUUUUUAAAAUAUGAUGUACUGUCUGAAUAUCUAACACCAUUUUGGUUCGCUAUGCUUCUAAAUGAAUAUGAAAUAGAGUUUAUGUUCAAAAAAAUUCGAAACAUUCGAAAUUUGGGCAAUGUUCACAUUAGAGGUCCUCACAUUGUUAUGAGCAGAACCGAUGCGCAGAACGGACUUGACUUCCACUUUAAUAUUCCUAGUUAAAUUUCCUGGUAUAUUUUAACCUUUUCCCUAAACUGUAGUCUGGUUAAUCUGACCAGGACUACUCUCCUCCGCAGAGCCUUACGAAUUUUUAGUAAAAUUACGUAAUAUUACUUGGAAAACAAGUAAUAUUAUAUGUUAUAUGUAAUUGUUAGUCAAAACGCGCUAGGUAUGAUGGGAUUUUGUCAACCAUCGGUCUCACCCCCCUACAAUCCUAUAUAAUUGACUCUGCGGAGGAGAGUGGACCAGGUCUACCUGGUUACCUACAUAGGUGGAUAAAUAACCAGGGAUAACAUCAAAACACACACAAGAAAUAUCAUGAUCAUGAGAACACAUUGGUAUCGAAGGUACUAGACUUAUUGUUUCGAAAUACCACACACCCGACUUCACCUCGUAGCUCAGUUUGCAGGGCUUUGACCCUAAGCUGACGGGUUCUAUUCCAACCGUGAUCAGGCAAACUUUUAACAUCAGAAAUCGUUUUACAUCGUGUCUUGUAGAUGGAUCUUAAUAUACAGCUAAUUCAAGAAAGGUUGUCCUUUGAAAAACCUUAAACUCUAAGCGUGCAAAGCAUAAUGGGAGCAUCAUUUAAUCAGUUUAGAAAUCAUAUAUGGGGUCCAUUUCUUAGAGACAUAGUAAAUAUCUCCUUAUGAGAACAAUUCAUUCACAAAUACCUGCAAUAUUCAACUACUAAGCUUCAAACUUGUGCUCCCGGCCAUUGAGUUUUGCGCGCUUAGAGUGUAAGGUUUAGAGUUUAAGGUUUUUCAAAGGACGACCUAUUUUGAAUUGACUGUAACACAAUGGCAUCAAUGUUUAGGGCUAUGAAAGGCUUAUCCACAGAAAAGAGCGAUAAAUUUGAAACAUUGAAAGGAUUCUUAAGCCCACUGAAUGUGGACUCUGACGUGGACACGGAUAACGAAGAUGGCUUAACCGCUUCCGAUGUUGAACAUCAGAAAGCACUGUCUGCCGCCAUCGAACAGGAGGCAGAUCUUUCCAAAGAAUACGAGAUAGAACGUGAAAUAUUCUUGGCCUCCACCAUUGAACACGAAGAGAAACUCGCGAAGGAGAAGGCCGAUCAAGAAGCGUACGUGAAUGCUGCAAUGAAAGACGUUGACGAUGAAGAAGAGAUGAGGGAACCGACGUCUGAUGAACGUGGUGGAAGCAAGGAGGGGAAGAAUGAAGAUGAAAAG